CUGAUUAAGUUUCAGGUAUAUUACUAUUUGGACGACAGUACCCCAUAUCUUUCUGUGAUUCCAGUACCUGAUGAUAAAAUAACACUUGGUGAUUUUAAAAAAGUUUUUGGGAAAAAGGGAUACAAAUUUUUUUGCAAACAACUCGAUAAAGCAAUUGGGUGUGAAGUGAAGGUUGAGUUACGUGAUAACUCGACAAAACUUGAAAAAUCUUCUAAUGGGCUUAUUGAGCUAGUGCUUCUGUCUAGCUCUAAUGGGUCUCAUAUAUCUGGUACUUCAACGCUGCCAAGGGCUGCUUCAAAGAAAGGAAAAAACGGUCAUAACAAGCAUCAAGUACAUAGUCAUGCUCAUAACGAUGGAUUUUUGCGCAAAAAGCGGUCGCUUCACGAACUCUCUGCAGCAAGUGAUUCAACAGAUGGGCAUAUCAAUACGGCGUCGAAAAGUAAUGAAAAUAGUAUCAAAGCCAACAGUUCUGCUACAGUAAUUAGUAAGAGAGCUGGUGAAGGUUUGGCUGAAAUGUAUACCUCAAAUUCCGAAGACCCAUACAAAUUUGAUGAUAUGAAUUCCAGGUUUUCUUUUCAAUCGGGACCAGAUUCAUCAACUUAUGCUGGAGUUCCCAUGAUGAAUCCGACAGGUUUGCCAUGUGGGAAAGUUUGCCGUCAAAGAAGGCCGAGGAAGGAGAGGUAUAGGAAAGCUUACGUUCCAAGUACUAUAUCAUCAGUUACAGAAAGCAGUCGAACAUCUCUCUCGCUUCCCAGAAUUGUCAUAAUUUCAUUGUCUAUGAAAGACGCUCCUUAUUUGGGGAUUUCAGUAGUUGGCCAUGAUGGAGGAAUUUUUGUUAGCAGCAUUUCGAAAGGCGGCGCUGUUGCUAAGGACGGGAGGAUUGAAAUUGGUGAUCAGAUAAUUCAGGUGAACAGGACUUCUUUUGAAAAUCUAACCGAGAAGCAAGCAGUACAGUUACUUAAACAAGUGGCAGUUAGUAGAAGGCCGGUAACUUUGUAUGUCGCCAAAAGGCCGUGUUCUAUUGAUAGUCGUUCAGAUAUACUUGCCGGUCUUGCUUCAGAAACUUUGCCAAUUGAUAUAUCUCUAUGGGUAGAGAGUACUAAACGACAAUGUAUGUCACAGUUUAUAAAUGAUAAAACGAGCACCUCAGUAACAAACAGCGUGACGAUUGAUGGCGACGGGGUCAUGGAGGGUGCGUAUGCUGAGGGCCGUGAUGUUUUUGGGACUGUUAAGCCGGGAACCAAGGGGAACAUGGAGGCUGCUAAACUGUGUAGUGCAGAAGAUAUCGCUAGGAGAAAGGAGAAUGAAGAGAACGAGCAGCUUGUCAAAUGUUUAAGUUGGGACAUGGAUCCAAGCGUUAUUUUGAAGCACAUGGCGAGACCAGACUCAGGACUCCAAAUAAAAAAUCGGAAGUGGCUUAAAAUACCAGUGCCAAUGUCGUUUAUAGGGAGGGACCUCGUUGAUUGGCUAUUGGAUAAUGUACAUGGAAUACGUGAUCGCAAGGCGGCACGGUCGUUUGCUUCACAGUUACUUACUCAGGGCUAUAUAAAGCAUGUAGUGAAUAAACUAACCUUUACCGAAAAAUGCUAUUAUGUAUUUGAUGAAGCUAUUUUAUCUGUCAGGAACACCAAUCAUUCAAAUUCUUCUAAUGGUAAAGCUGGAACUGAAUCAACCACAGAAGUUACUUAUGUUGCAUCUCCAGCUCCUCCCUUACCUCCACGAGUUGGGCUUCGUAAUUUUAAUAAUGGUAACCGCAAGUUACCGGGCAAUGCCGACGAAACGUGGCCGCUGUCCCCUAUAACUAACGUCUGCGACCCUUCUAGAAGGAAGAGUGGAUGCGAAAGCCCCCUUGUAAGUACAAACGAUUAUGCGUCAGUGAUUGGUCCAGAGGUUAUUACUUCUACUAUGUUGGCUGGUACAACGAAUGAAGUGUCUUCGUUAAAUCUUUCUCGACGCGACUUUGGUCACUGCGCCAAUAACAGGCGAAGGGUAGUGGAUGAGAUAUUGGUAUCCCAACCUCCAAAUACUCCGAGUUCAUUAUCAUUGGCACAAAAUAACGCUGUAAGUGCUGCUAGUGAAACUGAGUUUGAGGUAAUGGAUGAAGAACGACGUGUAGUUAACAGUAACGGUAGGUGCUGAGU